AUGGAAUUCCCCGCUCCUCACAUCCUUCAUCCCCAAGGCUCUCACACCCAUACUGUUAUCCUCCUACAUGGGCGCAGCAGCGAUGGCCCUGAGUUCGCCGAAGAACUUUUCUCAUCAACCGCGUCCAACGGUAAAAGCCUGCUAUCUUGUCUACCAACCUAUCGUUGGGUUUUUCCAACCUCCCGUGACCGAUGGAGCACCAUAUUUCAGGAAGAGAUGUGUUCGUGGUUCGACGCUUACUCCUUAAGCGAUAUACAAGCACGGCAAGAAUUGCAGAAAGAUGGGUUGCAAGAAUCAAUUUUCCAAAUUCUUGGUAUCUUGGAAUCAGAAGCCAGAUUGUUAGGAGAGGAUCUUAGCCGCAUCUAUCUUGGAGGUAUUAGCCAGGGCAUGGCGACUGCCUUAUGGGCGUUUUUUGCUGCAGUUGGGACACGCCGUAUCUACGGGCCAUUGGCUGGUCUGCUGGGCUUCUGUGGAUGGCUGCCUUUCGCACGGCAACUGGAGGUUUCGCUAUGUGACCCAACGGCUGCUUAUCAAACCCCUGGUUCUCCUCAGAUACGGGACUUAGUUUCACGAUUUGUACUUGGUGAAAUUAUCGGUCAUGAAGGGUCUCUGUCCCAAGAAUAUGCCGACGUCUCGGUUCUAUCAACUCCCGUAUCUCUAUGCCAUGGAGCAGACGAUGCGUGGGUACCAGUGAAUCUUGGGCGACAGGCAUCUCAGGUUUUACGGAAGAUCCUGGUCCGUGUCGAAUGGAACGAGUUCACUGGCGCAGAGAAUGAUGGUCACUGGAUCUCAGAGCCUGAGGGAUUCGACCGCAUUCUUCAAUUUCUUGAAAGACCCAAUUCUUGCAAUGAUCUGCGGGCCAACCGUUAG